CAUAUGCGUGAGGCUGCAGAGCGGAGGCAGCAGCUAGAGUUGGAGCAUGAGCAAGCCUUGGCUGUACUUACUGCAAAGCAGCAGGAGAUUGACCUUCUUCAGAAGGCUCAGGUUGAGGCAAAAAAGGAGCAUGAAGGCGCUGUCCAUCUGUUAGAGAACCACUUGGACAGCAUGCAGGCCAAAGUGCGCGAGCUGGAGGAGAAAUGUCGGACUCAGAGUGAGCAGUUCAACCUCCUGUCCAAAGAGCUGGAGAAGUUCCGUUUACAGGCUGGGAAGUUUGACAUCCUCAGCACUGAACCCAUAUCUUUGUGCGAUUCCCCUGGAUCGCCCAACAAAUCCCUGUCCCAGCUCCUCAAUGGACUGGCCGCCCCCAUAGGAAAAGGCAAUGAUACUCCAGUGAGCAGAUCUUUGAUAUCUGAGUUCAUCAGGCCUCUCCGGAUCAGCGGGGACAAGCCUGAGCUCCUCUCCAUCAAGCCAACAUUCCUCACCCGCAGUCGAGUAGGCAGCACCGGGAGGUCUCUCCUCUCUGAGAUGGACAAAGAACUCGGCUCAACCACAAGGUCCAAGCUAAGAUUCACAGGCAAAGUUCGUCUGUGUGUUGCUCGGUACAGCUAUAAUCCUUACGAUGGGCCUAAUGAGCAUCCUGAGGCAGAGCUGCCCCUAGUGGCAGGGAAGUAUCUCUACGUCUAUGGCACUAUGGAUGAGGAUGGCUUUUAUGAAGGAGAGCUUCUUGAUGGACAGCAGGGCCUUGUCCCCUCCAAUUUUGUGGACUUUGUCCAAGAUGAGGAGACAUCCUCUGUUCAGAACAGGGACGGAGCUAAGGAACCGGGCUACGUCAACCACAGUAGCCUGGGUUCUCAGAGACUGGGUGGGGGAAUGGGCAUGAGCACGGGCACAGGCAUAAGCAGCCUGCAGUCUGACAGUAAACUAGACUGUCUAAGCACCAGCAGCCUGGGCAUGGACCUCCUGGGCUCCUGCAGCAACGGGACAGGAACCCUGGAUGUUAGCAUUGAUGAGAUUGGUGAAGACAUUGUGCCUUACCCCCGCCGUAUCAACCUAAUCAAACAGCUGGCCAAGAGUGUCAUUGUUGGCUGGGAUCCCCCUUUGGUGCCACCUGGCUGGGGCUCCAUUAGUGGCUACAAUGUCUUGGUGGACAAGGAGGUGCGCAUGAGCGUUCCCUUCGGGGGCAGGACAAAGUCUCUCAUUGAGAAGCUCAACCUGGCCACCAACACCUACCGUAUCUCGGUUCAGAGCAUCACAGACAGGGGCCUGUCGGACGAGCUGCGGUGCACGCUGCUUGUGGGAAAGGAUGUGGUGGUGGCCCCAUACUAUCUGCGCGUAGACAACAUCACACAGGUGUCGGCCGAGCUCUCCUGGAUGCCCAGCAACAGCAACUACAGUCACACCAUUUUCCUCAACGGUGCAGAGUAUGACAUGGUGAAAGCAGGAGGCUACAAGUACCAGUUCUUCAACCUGAAGCCCAUGACGGUUUACAAGGUGAAAGCGGUGGCACGGCCACACCAGGUGCCUUGGCAGCUUCCCCUGGAGCAGAGGGAGAAGAGGGAGAUCUCUGUGGAGUUCUGUACUCAGCCUGCAGGGCCCCCAUUCCCCCCACAGGAAGUGCAGGUCCAGUGCAGUCAGACUCCCGGGGUCCUGCAGGUUAGAUGGAAGCCCCCACCUCUGACCCCUGCAGGAACCUCCAACGGUGCCAACGUAAUUGGCUAUGCUGUAUGCACAAAGGGACAAAAGAUAGCAGAGGUCUUGUACCCUACAGCAGACUAUGUGACUGUGGAGCUGAACAGGAUCCAGUGUCUGGAGGCCAGGGAAGUGAUUGUAAGGACGUUGUCAACACAAGGAGAGUCCCAGGACUCACCUGUGGCCAUCAUUCCACACAAUCUCCUGGGCUCUCCGCAUCUCUCCCGCCGCACCACUGCAUCUCCCCUCCCUAUGCCUUGCCCACACUCCCAAACCCAUCCACCUUACCCAUCCACCUAUCCCCCAACUCACCCUCAACCCCAAGUCCAGCCACUGCCUCAAGCCCAGGCCCACACACUGCCUCAUACACAGCCUGUCCGCCACCCCUCUCCUCAUCCCCAGCCUCAUUUCCAGCCCCACCUCAUAUCAAAGUCCAAACCCUUAGUAAGUGCCAGAGAGUCAGAAACCAAAGAGCAUGAGGUUGGUAUGCGGUCGGGCCCACCCUGGGAGCGCUCCCCUUCUCCUCUUCCACCCAUGUGUGGACCUACGCUGGAGCCACCGCACUUCCAGUCGCACCGCUCUCCCUCUCCUCAGAGGAUCCUGCCACAGCCUCAGGGAGUACCCAUUCCCAACACCAUCGCCAAGGCCAUGGCCAGGGAAGCUGCCCAGAGAGUGUUUGCUGAGGGCAACCGGGUUGAGAAGAGGAACAUCUUCAGUGAGCGGGGCAACGCUCUGCAUCCUUUGAACUCCGAUGAAGAGGAAGAUGGUUAUGACUCUCCCAAUGCUCGGAGGAGAGGAGCUUCAGUGGAUGAGUUCUUGAGGGGCUCAGAGCUGGGCAGACAGCACCAUCAUCACCACUACAGCCACAGUGAGGAGUACCACACAGAGAGCAGCCGUGGCUCUGAUCUGUCUGACAUUAUGGAGGAGGAUGAGGAGGACCUCUACUCUGAGAUGCAGCUGGAAGAAGGUCGCAGGCGCAGCAUCAACUCCCACAACACUCUCAAGGCAUAUUACAAACGUCAGGACCUAGCAGAGGAGAGGGACUGCUGGGACCUCCAAAGGGAGGUUGUGAAGCAGAAGUCGCUCCGCAGCAAACGUCUCCACAGCAUCCCUGAGGUGGCUGAGGAGGAGCCGGAUGGGGUGGACAGCUUGGGCCAACGCCUGUGCUAUGAGGAGAGCAGCCAACCAGGGACGCCCCAUGCUCAGCGGAGGAGCCCCCGGAGUUACCAGCAGGACCCCCACGUGCACAACCAGCUCUCCCCCAGCAAGAGCUGCCGCAGUCUGCAACGCCAGCGCUCCUACCCCCGCUUCUCUGACAGCCGCUACGGUUACACCAUGGAGGAGCGUAGCCUGGGAAGACCCAACCGUCAGAACACCAAGAGCCCUGACAGUGGGCUGGACUGUGGCAGCGAAGAGGAGGGCUCUCUGGGUCGGGGUCGCCGCGGUUACUGCGCCCCAGCCGGCUUCAUGCGGGGUCCAGUCCGCAUCAUCCACUGCGAGGGGCCUGUAGAGCGGCGGGCCCUGGCAAUGGGCCGUAAAAGGACUCUCACCCGCCAGUGCAGCGUAGAUGAGGACUUCUGUGACGCCCCUGUGUCUGCAGCCAAGUCGGUCCACACGGGGGACUUUAGAAACAGGGAGCACUUUGGUCCUGGUCGAGAGGCAGGGCCCAGGAGCUACUCCAGGGAGGGAGCGCUGAGCGAGGGCAGGCUGAACGAGCUGGACAGGGUCUAUUACAGUCCGCACAGGGAGGCUAGGGCCCAGUCUAUGUCCAGACUCAACCGGGACCAGCCGCUGAUCAUUGGGAACUCGUCAUCACAUGGACGCUCUGAUCGUCUAGACCACUCAGGGAGGAGGCUGGUCCACGUCGGCACCCCCCCACAGCGACGGCCGAUCCCGUCCAUUGAGAUCACCAUGGACAGUAACAGUGAGGGGAGUGAGGGGAACCUCUCACCUGUCAAGGAGGAUGUUUACUAUGGCAGUGUAGCUCGCCGCAGGAUAUGGCGAUCUAUGUCCUCAGAGCAUCAAUAUGACGGCUAUGGCGGGCGCAGGCAGGGCCGGGGGCGACGCUCCCCGGAGUACUAUGAGGAAUCAGAACCGGAGGACCUGACCCGUAUAUUUGUGGCUCUGUUUGACUACGACCCCCUGUCCAUGUCCCCCAACCCUGAUGCUGCAGAUGAGGAGCUGCCCUUCAAGGAGGGCCAGAUAAUCAAGGUGUUUGGGAAUAAAGACACAGAUGGGUUCUACAGAGCAGAGAUCCGUGACCGGAUAGGUCUAAUCCCCUGUAACAUGGUCUCCGAGAUCCAGACGGAGGAUGAUGAAAUGAUGGACCAGCUCCUCAAACAGGGCUUUCUCCCACUCAAUACUCCCGUGGAGAAAUUAGUGAACUGCAACCGUUUCAAAGAUGGCCGCUCAAUAAAUCGCAGGUCCAGAAAGUCCAAGAGAGAGAGGAACAGGCGAAGUGGGCGUCAACACCCAAUGUCUACACGGAGAAUGGUGGCCCUCUAUGACUAUGACCCCCGAGAGAGCUCUCCUAAUGUGGAUGUAGAGUAUGAGGGCAACAGACUGAAUGAUGAGGCUGAAUUGACAUUCUGCGCCGGUGAUGUCAUAACAGUUUUUGGUGAAAUAGAUGAAGAUGGCUUUUACUAUGGUGAGCUCAAUGGACACAAAGGACUUGUUCCAUCCAACUUUCUAGAAGAAGUGCCUGAUGAUGUAGAGGUUUUUCUCACUGACUCACCAUCUCGAUACCCCCAGGACACUCCGGCACGGAUAAAGACCAAAAGGGUUCCAUUGGAAAAAUCGGGUCUGUCCAGAGGAGCUGCCACUCCCACUGUCCGCCCACACAUCCCUGGCUCUGGCCCAGCCACCGUGGGGCCUGGCAGUCCCAUCAGGGGCCCACUGGACAUGUACUCCAAAAAGAAAAAGGGACUGCUCUCCAAAGGGAAGAAACUAUUGAAAAGACUUGGCGCUGUAAAAUAA